GACAGCCAUGGAGAAGAAGCUGAUCGGUUGCCCCGUGUGUAUCGAGCACAAGAAGUAUAGCCGAAAUGCUCUGCUCUUCAACCUGGGCUUUGUGUGCGACGCCCAAGCCAAGGCCUGUGCGCUGGAGCCCAUAGUGAAGAAGCUGGCUGGCUACCUCACCACACUGGAGCUGGAAAGCGGCUUUAUCUCCAAUGAGGAGAGUAAACAGAAGCUGGUUCCCAUUAUGACGAUCCUGCUGGAGGAGCUGAAUGCCAAAGGGAGGUGCACCCUGCCCAUAGAUGAGUCAAACACCAUCCACCUGAAGGUGAUUGAGCAGCGCCCGGACCCUCCCAUUGUGCAGGAGUACGAUGUCCCUGUCUUCACCCAAGACAAGGAUGACUUCUUCAACUCCCAGUGGGAUCUCACCACUCAGCAGAUCCUGCCCUAUAUUGAUGGCUUUCGGCACGUCCAGAAGAUUUCUGCAGAGGCUGACGUGGAGCUGAACUUGGUGCGCAUUGCUGUGCAAAACCUGCUGUACUACGGGGUUGUCACGCUCGUCUCCAUACUCCAGUAUUCCAAUGUCUACUGCACCACACCAAAGGUCCAGGACCUGGUGGAUGACAAGUAUCUCCAGGAAGAGUGUUUGUCCUACGUCACCAAACCAGGGCACAAGCGAGCCAGCCUCAGGGACGUCUUCCAGCUGUACUGUGGGCUGAGCCCUGGCACGACAGUGCGGGACCUCAUCUCCCGCUACACCCUGCAGCUCCAGAGGGUGGAUGAGAGGAGGCUUAUCCAGUUUGGGCUGAUGAAGGGCCUUAUCCGACGGCUCCAGAAAUACCCCGUCAAGGUGACGCAAGAUGAGCGGAGCCACCCAGCCCGGCUGUACACAGGCUGCCACAGCUACGAUGAGAUCUGCUGCAAGACCGGCAUGAGCUACAAGGAGCUGGAUGAGCGCCUGGAGAACGACCCCAACAUCAUCGUGUGCUGGAAGUGACGGCGGCGAUGGCAGCCGGGCCCGG